AUGGUGGAUACGGAUGAUGGUGCCAGUGUAGGUGGGCUGAAAGGUGUAUAUAAGUGGACAGUGGACGCGCUGUUUGGUAGUGGGGUAUCUCCAAGCGCGAAAUAUAGAGGGUUGAAUCACGGGAGUUCACGGCAGAGGUAUUCACAGGAUGACACUAAUUAUUCGAGGUAUAAGCCUCUGAGUUCAAUGAGGUCGAGGUCGAGGUCCAAUUCUUGGUCUGUACCAGUGCCUCAGGAUCCCUCAUUUUAUAAGAGGUAUGAUCUUUUACCUCCUAUUUCAAGUGAUGAUGAAGAUUACAGUGAGGAAGAUAAAUUACAAUAUGGUGCUAACUCGAAUAGAGGAUCACCAAUGGUCAAAGGUCUUAUGAACCCAGCGCCAGUGGUACCGAAACAACAAAACAACGGAUAUGGAGAAUUUGAUAGAAGAAGUACAAAUCCGUUAUUCACAGACCCUACGGACACCUUCGCCAGAAGAAAAACAUCAAGCAGUUUGAUGAACAACUAUCGUUCAAGUACUGAGGGUAUCGGAGAUACAGCAUUUAUUGAGGAAACUAGAAAUAUAAACAUCAAUGGUAGAGACCCUCUUAUUGCCAAACUAUUUGGAAGGAUUACAUCUCCCAAGAAGAUGGCAAAUUUGCCUGGCAAAUUCCCUUCUCCUGCUAAGGCUACUCUUGACUCAAAUAGAAGGAGAAAAAACUCUGUGCUUCACUCAAUUGGAUCAGGCCGCGUACGAGAAACUUCUACUAGUUUAGAUGACAAAAAAAUCCUUAGUGAAUAUAUGGACAUCAUAUCUGAUCUGGAUAGAAACAAUGAAAACCUAUCAGCGCUAAGUGAACAAGUUGAAGAUAGAAAUCAAAGGUAUGAAGAAAUUGAUACUGAGUAUAAGAAGAAGUAUUAUGAUAUGCGGAACGAAUUGAUUAAGGAACUAAAACAGUCGAAAAAGACACAUGACAAUUAUUACCUGCUCUACAAUAAAUACAAAGAACUAAAAGAAAUGGCAAGUGAAUCCAAUAGACUAAAAUCUACGAUAUAUAAUUUGGAGUCAGAGAUAUUGGAACAGGGUGUUUCGAAGAAUAGAGAGAUUCAGAAUCUGAAUGAAAAGAUUUUGAAGCUCGAGAGUAGAUGUCAGGAGCUCGAAGCAGAGAAAUUGUUGGAGAGAGAUAAAUACGAAUUACGGAUAGCCAGCCUAGAGGCCAAGCUCCGUGAACAAAACAUCUCAAAUGGUAAGAAUUAUUUCAGUGAUUACAGCUAUUCUCAUAGAUCGAGAGAGUUUUCACCAGACAACUACCGUUAUCUUAAUAAUUACUUUUCAGAAGAGAUGUCAGACUUUGAUGCAGACAUUCCAUAUAAGAAUGGUCGCUGA